AUGGUGAAAGUUAGUGUUAAGUGGCAAAAGGAGUUGUUUACCAAUGUGGAAAUAGACACUUCCCAACCCCCAUAUGAUUUCAAGUGCCAGCUCUUUCUGUUAACUGGAGUUCAACCUGAAAGACAGAAAAUUAUAAUCAAAGGUGGUUUACUAAAGGCUGAUGCAGAUUGGUCAAAAGUAGGAGUGAAGGAGGGCCAGAAAUUAAUGAUGGUGGGAACGGCAGAUAAAACUGGGAAGGGACUCAUUUUUCCUAGACACAUUCCAGAAGAGGAACAAGUGGUUUCUCCGGGUCAUUCUGCUGGUUUAAUAAAUUUUGGGAACAUCUGUUAUAUGAACUCCACAGUACAAUGUUUGCAUUCAGUCCCAGAACUGAAAUCUGCUUUGUUGCAGUAUCCUCCUCCAGUUAGAAGCACUUAUGUGGAUCAAUCUUCACAUGUACUGACUUUAGCAAUGCGAAAAUUAUUUAAGGAACUUGAUAAAAGUGUCAAGCCUGUAUAUCCAUGCCAAUUUUUAGCAGCAUUACGGAGCAAGUGCCCUCAUUUUGCCCACAUUCACAAUGGGAUUUACGUUUUCACGCAGCAGGAUGCUGAAGAGUGCUGGACGCAACUUCUAUUCAUCCUUUCAAGGUCCCUGAAAUAUCGCAGGAAAGCAGAUGAUCCAGUGAAGAGGCUUUUCGGUAUCGACAUAGUUAGCAGGGUCCAUUGUGCUGAAAGUGGUGAAGAAAGUACAGAAACGGAAUCCGUAUAUUCACUUAAAUGCCAUAUUUCACAAGAGGUGAAUCAUCUACAUGAAGGUUUAAAAAGUGGUUUAAAAUCAGAACUGGAGAAGCCUUCUCCUGCCCUUGGAUGCAGUGCUAUUUACUCAAAAGAUUCUCGCAUAAAUGGCUUGCCUAGGUACUUGACCAUUCAAUUUGUGCGCUUUUUCUGGAAACGAGAAACAAAUCAGAAGGCUAAAAUUCUGCGGAAAGUGGACUAUCCUUUAGAGUUAGAUGUGUAUGAUUUUUGUUCAGAUGAACUUCGCCGGAGACUGGAAGUCCCUCGACGAAUCCUGAGAGAUGAAGAAGGAAAGAAGCUUGGCCUGAAACCUAAAAGGAAACGCUCAACUUCGACAGACAAUGAUGUCAAGAUGACUGAUGCUGAGGGGCUUGCAAUUGGCAGUGAAGAUAACUCGAAAUCUGUACCUGGAGAAGGUGUUCCUGCAGAGAAAGAGAAGCACUUGACAGGGGUGUAUGAUUUAGUUGCUGUCUUAACUCACAAGGGUGAAAGUGCCGAUUCGGGGCAUUAUUGCGCGUGGAUUAAGCAAGAAAACGGAAAAUGGGUUGAAUUUGAUGAUGAUAAUACGAUUCUUCACGGAGAGGAAGAUAUUACUAAGCUCUCGGGAGGCGGUAAGGGCUUUUGCAUCAACUGCCUCUUUUCUCUUGUAAUUGUGCAAUAA